CUUCAGCAUUUUCUAAGAGUCAAAGGCUCGCGCACGUGUUCCGUGCGUCAUUUUCCUCGUCGAAAUUGCGUGAAGGAUGGGAAGAUAGUAGGAUAGGAUUCAUAGGAGCAUUAAUGACUCUGUUUGAAAACGUGAGCCUCCCUAUCUCUCCGAUUCUCCUACUUAUAUGCAAAGCUGGAGAAGCCCCCAAUACAGUAAUACGCAAACAAGCAAAGAUGGCUGCAGGGUCAGACUCCCAGAGGUCUUGCUGCGAUCGGAGAUGGUCACUCCACGGCAUGACCGCGCUGGUCACCGGCGGCACCAGAGGCAUUGGAUAUGCGAUAGUGGAAGAACUGGCAGGACUGGGAGCAGUUGUGUAUACGUGUUCUCGCAACAAAACGGAGCUCAAUGAGCGAUUGCAAGAGUGGAGUGGGAAGGGGUUGAGGGUCAGUGGUUCAGUGUGCGACCUGGCUUCGAGAGACCAGAGGGAAAAUCUCAUGGAAACUGUUUCCUCUGUUUUUGGUGGCAAGCUCAGCAUCCUUGUAAAUAAUGCAGCAACAGUUGUGCGCAAAGAAACAACCGCGUUUACUGCUGAAGAUUACUCAACUGUAAUGUCUACUAACAUCGAGUCUCCUUACCAUCUCUGUCAACUCGCACACCCACUCUUGAAAGAGUCGGGAGCUGGAAGUAUUGUAUUUAUCUCGUCUGUUGCCGGUGUGGUAGGUCUCCCCCAGAUGUCUAUCUAUGCAGCAUCCAAAGGAGCAAUAAACCAAGUUACAAAGAAUUUGGCUUGCGAAUGGGCAAGGGAUAAUAUUCGCACAAACACUGUUGCCCCAUGGGCUAUCAAAACCAGGGGGAUUGAAUCGGAAGAAUAUGAGAGCCCAGAAUACCUUCAGGUACUUGCUCGAACUCCGAUAUCUCGCAUUGGGGAGCCUAAUGAGGUUUCGGCAGUGGUUGCAUUCCUCUGCCUUCCUGCUGCUUCAUAUAUUAAUGGGCAGAUUAUUUCUGUCGAUGGUGGAUUUACGGUGAAUGGUUUCUAGCCACCUCCCUGGUCCAAAUGUGCUUCCUGCUGAAUCUUGUUUUCACUUGUUUAGCCGUCAAAUGCCUAAUGUAGGGCUUCUAUCAGUUACCAUGGUUGUGGGCUGUUUGGGAGCCUGCAAUUGUAGCUUGUCUCUUCUGUGUAUUGGCUUUUGAGGCCAUUGGAUUUUACGGGUGGUCUCGUUUUGGGUUUGCUUGGGCUAUUCUCCUCUGGCUUUCAAGCUCUUCUUGUAUUGUUCACUAUUCUCACUAGUAAUAUUUCCUCUUCCUAUUCAGAAUUUUAAUAAUAUCAAAAAUAGAAACCUCUGUUUUAUUUCGGCCUGCCAA